UCACACACACAUACACACUUGCGCGCACACCCGGCGCGCACAGACACACGCGCUCCCUCCCUCCGGCGUUCUGCCCCUCGCCCGCCCGCCGCGCACGCAGCCGGCCCCGGCUCCCCGCGUCCCGCCGCCGCCGCCGCCGAGCGAAGCCGGGCUGGGCUUGGAGCUGCUCAUGGAGAAAGUGCCCGGCGAGAUGGAGACGGAGCGCAGGGAGCGCGGCGAGGAGCUGUCGGAGGCGGAGAGGAAGGCGGUGCAGGCGACGUGGGCCCGGCUGUAUGCCAACUGCGAGGACGUGGGGGUGGCCAUCCUGGUGAGGUUCUUCGUGAACUUCCCCUCAGCCAAGCAGUACUUCAGCCAGUUCAAGCACAUGGAGGAGCCGCUGGAGAUGGAACGGAGCCCACAGCUGCGGAAGCAUGCCUGCCGGGUCAUGGGGGCCCUCAACACCGUCGUGGAGAACCUGCACGACCCCGACAAGGUGUCCUCGGUGCUGGCGCUGGUGGGCAAGGCCCACGCCCUCAAGCACAAGGUGGAGCCUGUGUACUUCAAAAUCCUCUCUGGGGUUAUCCUGGAGGUGGUCGCGGAGGAGUUUGCCAAUGACUUCCCGGCUGAGACGCAGAGAGCCUGGGCCAAGCUGCGAGGCCUCAUCUACAGUCACGUGACGGCUGCCUACAAGGAAGUGGGCUGGGUACAGCAGGUCCCCAACACCAGCACCCCACCGGCCACACUGCCCUCCUCGGGGCCUUAGGACCCUCUCCACCUCCCCCCUUCCUGGCAGCAUCUUGAGCAGAAGGCUGAGUUCGGAAGAUCCUCCUCGACCCUCCAUUUCUGGGUGCCAAGGAAGCCGGAGGGGGCCUCCGCUGUGGCCGCUGUCCCCCACCCCCACCCCCACCCGGAGCUGCGGGGAGGUGGCGGCCUAGAUGCUAACCGCAAUGCGGGGCGGGUGGGGACCCCUCCAUCUUGCAGAGGCAGGCCUGCUCUUCGCUUUUCUGCUCUGAUCUGGCUGGCGGCCAGCAGGAACCGGGACCAGUAAACUACCCCAUGUCCGUCUGCCGGCCGUCACUAGCGCAUCACGCACACACCAUAUAUACAGAGAUAUUCUAUAUACAGCCUCUCUAUAUAAAUAUAUAUAAUAUAUAUGCACACAGA